GUGGCUCUAGUGUGUCGUCUUGUGUCGCUGUAGGAACUCGGACCGCUUAACCUCCUCCUCCCUUUCUCCUUACUCCCCGAAAGCCCGAAAACUACUAAGCUUGCACCCCACUACGAAAAGAUCAAGUACAAAAAUGGGCUACAGCAAACUGAAAUUGGGGACAUUCUUGGCAGUAUUGGCUGUUCUUUUGGCCCUCUAUUUUAGAAAUUCAGAUAAUAUACUGCAAAAGAAAUUACAUUCGGUACUUAAGGCAUUAGAGAAUUUGGAGAAAAAACAUGUGAUUCACCCAAGGCCAAGAGUUGCAAUUGGAUAUGGUAUUUGUACUGAUGUAUAUAUAGAAGCAAAUAACCUAUUAGAAUACAAUGAAGAUAUUGGAGAACCACAGCACUACAAUGAAAUUAAUAAUAAAGAAGAGUUACUGAAAAGUUUUGCUUAUUAUUUCAGACAUGGAGCUGCUGCUGAACGCUAUAUGUCCAAUGAUACCCUAUUUGAUAAUCUUGUGGCAGCGGCCCGUUCAUAUCCGUCCUCAUACACAACCAUCGGUGGCAAUGCUGCCCUUAUGGCUAUGAGAUUGGUUCGUGAAGGUUGCGAUGUUGUUUUGGCUGCAAGAAUGACUCACUCGUUGUUACAAAUGAUUCCUGAGGCUAUAACUGUCGUCGGUGGUAAAGCUAAGCGGGAUGAUAUUCACCUAGUUCUAGAGUACAAGAGAGGAGAAACUUGGGGUCCUUACACUACUGGUCGUGCAAAUAGAUACAUUAUACACAAUGACAAAUUAAAUCCAGAAGCCAGUGGAUUGGAAGAGUUGGAAAAGAUUCUUCCUGAAUUCAACCCACACCUUUUAAUUAUUAGUGGACUUCAGAUGAUGGACAAUUAUCCUUUCAAGCAGGGCGAGAGAGCAUCCAGACUACAAAAAGUACAUGAACAGAUGAUCAAACAACCGAAAUCUAUGAAAAUACAUUUUGAAUUAGCAUCCUAUGCAGGAGAAGAGUUGGUGAUGGAAUUGAAUAAGCUUAUCAUCCCAUAUGCUGACAGCUUAGGCAUGAAUGAACAAGAAAUAGCAAAUCUCUACAAUUCUAUGUACUACGGAAACAUCUCAUUAGUAGCUGAUUCAACUCCAAGGGUAGCUGUUGUUCUUGAUCAGAUGAGAGCACUAUUCAAAUUGAUUAGGUCAAGAGGUGAUGGAAUAAAUAAAGCAAGACCAUUGACUAGGAUUCAUGUUCAUACUCUGGCUUAUCAAGCUAUAUUGACUGUGAAAGAUUCAAUUUGGAAAAAUACCAUGGCUGCUGCUGCCAAAGCAUCUUUAACUGCUCAUCGACAUGUCUGUAGUGUCAGUGAGAUCGACCUCCAGAAAGCAACGUUAAUAAUGGACGACAGCUUCACUACAUCCAUAUUAUCAGGAACGAGAAUCCCAUUGAACGUCGACAAGCCAGUAGCCUGUUGGAACGAAGUAUUCCAUGUUGGUGGUCGUCGAAUUCCCGUUGAUAUAUGCGUUGCUCCUGUUCUUGUCUGCACUGAAGCUAGUCAGACUGCUGGAGGUGGUGAUAAUAUCUCCAGUGCCGGUCUUGCACUUCAAAUUUAGAACUAUGUGAGAACAUUUUUAGUUUGAGAACGUUGAUGAAAAAAUGCUAACUUUUUUUCAUUUUUGUAUGUCUGUUGGCAAUUACAAUGUUUCUGAAAGUAUAUGAGAUUUAAUCAGUGUUCUCAAGCUCAUAUUAUAAGAUGAAAGACACAAUUUUUCGAAGAACUAGUUUCUUUUUUGUACUUUCGACGACGAAACUUUCGGUUGAGAACAUUCAAUUUUGAUAUAUUACUGUACAAUGACACUUUGAACGUUGUGCUUAACGAAGAAUACUUACACUAGAGAAGUUUCUACUCGAACUCAUUGAACCAAAAACUUGAUAUUUGCCAUAAGAAAUAACGUUUUAAUUAUGAUUGCUUCAUUGGUUGAUUAGAGUAGAUCUUGUUCUUUUGAAAGUCUAUGUUCAUUCAAUUGAAUGAAAUUUUUACUUAAAAUAUAAUACACAUUAAUAUAAUACACAUUAUUGGCACUUUUGCUUUUAGUGUACCUUGAAAAUCGAAAUAUUUUUUUUGCUGUUAAUUAUUGUCACUCAUUGCUGUUAUUUCAAAAACUACGUUCAUGUGUUUAAUUUUUACUUUAAUCAAUAUCUACAUAUGGAAUCUGAAGAUACUUAACACCAAGUAACUAUAAAUUAGUACUCGAAAUACCAAAUUAUUAUACAGGGUGGCCCAUUUUAAGUGAUCCACUCAGAUAUCUAGAUUGGAGUGAGUUUUAUCGAAAAAAGUUUCAGACAAAAGUUACUCAACUUUGAAGGGGCCAUGUUUCUAUGACCUUGGAUUUGACCUUGGAGGUCAUGUUCAAGGUCAUUUCAAGGUCAACUUUGUUUUUUUAAAUAGGAACCCCCAUUUUUGACCCCGGAUUCGGAAAGAGCGGGAAAUUUUACGUCCAAAACGGUAUUUUUAAAUUUUUUUUCAUGGCCUAGAGAAGGU